AGGAUACACGCGAGCCUUUUCUCACGCUGAAGAUUUACCGGCUCUCCAGUGGCUUCAUGCACGAGCCCGACAUUGACGUGGUGGGACUGGCCGCUCGAGAUGAGCCUCCGCCGCCCGCGAGCAGCGCCGGCAGCGCGCACAGCUCCCCUCGAGAGGAGGAUGAGCAGGACGGAGACGCGAGCGCGCCCCGUUGCGGCGCGUCCCCGGCCAAGCCGCCGUACUCGUACAUCGCGCUCAUCACCAUGGCCAUCCUGCAGAGCCCCGAGAAGCGACUCACGCUCAGCGAGAUCUGCGCCUUCAUCAGCCGCCGAUUCUCCUACUACCGCGAGAAGUUCCCCGCGUGGCAGAACUCCAUCCGACACAACCUGUCGCUCAACGACUGCUUCGUGAAGAUGCCGCGCGAACCGGGAAACCCGGGCAAGGGCAGCUACUGGACUUUGGACCCGCAGUCCGCGGACAUGUUCGAGCAGGGCAGCUUCCUGCGCCGCCGCAAGCGCUUCAAACGCCAUCACCAGCACGAGCUUCAGCUCGAGCUCCACCACCACCAGCGCCUCGCACCGCACCAGCUCCGCGCGCUCCCGCGGCUCCCGCCCGUCGGCCUGUGGCCCGCGCUCUCCACACUGCUCACAGGGACUAAAGGCCUCCAUCAUCACCAUCCUCAUCCUCUCAGCCUUCCUCCUCCUCCUCACGCCGCUUCGCUCGGUUUAGCCUCCCCGCUGCCCUUCAUCCCUCCUCUUCCUCCCAGCUUUUACACUCUGCAGCAGGACUACAGCAAACUGCACGCGCUGCACUGCUCCGCGCUCACCAACCUGUAAACCAGAGCAACCACCUGAACUCAUCACCUGGAGAAUACUGACUGUUAUAUAAAAAGGCUUAAAUAUUAUAAGUGUUUAAAGUGGGUCUGAACAACAAAUUAAACUUUAAUUAAACUGAUAUUGAUAAAACUUAACAACUUUAAAUUAAUUUUAAAUUAACUUUUUUAUUUUAUUUAUCCUUUCUGUUAAACAAACUGUUAACCACACUAAAGUACAGGUUAAAACAUUUCAACCCUUUAUAAUACUGGUACACUUUACAAUUAACGAUACUUAUGACAAUAAUAAACAUUUUUUAAAUGGUAAUGUAAGGUCACAACUAAUUAUUAAUUGACACUAAAUUCAGAUAUUAUUAACCACUGCUAAAUUAUUGUUUAAGAAUGUAAAAAUUAAUAAAUUGAGAAAUUAGUUGUAAUGGUUGUCAGGCCCUCUUAGUUGUCAGUUGAGACACUAUGUGUUAAGUACUGUUAGUUAAUGUAACUUCAUUGUAAAGUUUUAUCAAACAUCUUUUGUUCAAAUGUUUCUGACUUUAAAUAAAGCAUCUCAUGAAUAAUUCAGAUUUUAUACAAUUUAGUGCAAAUUGUGCUCCAUAAUCAAACCAACCAAAACAUCUUAUAGCCUCAAUGCCAGAAAAAAAGACUUUUUUAUAUAAACAAAGCAGGUCUGUGAGCGCGAAGAACUCUUUAAAAACUAGAAGUUUGGAGGAAAUAAUUUAAAUUCAUCUGUUUAAAUUAAUAUCAAUUUUAGGGAUUGCUAACUUUAAACUAAAUCUAUUUUCUUUCCAAUUUUAAAUAUAACAAAAACAAAUAUAAAAACAUGAAUUACUUAUAGGUAGGCAAAUAAUUUUAUUGGCUUUCCUAACCAAAAAUGCAUGUUAAAUGCAAUGUUAUUGUUUUUGUUGUUGUUGUUUU